AUGGAGCAGCUUUGUUUUCUGAAGAUGAGGUUGAGUCAUUUGGUUAGAUGGCUAAGGGAGAUAGCUUCAGAAAAUAAGUUAGAUCUUUGCUUGGUGGUCAUUGAUGAAGGAUGCAGAGAUUUUGGACAUAAUGGCUUUUUCAAGGAUGAGGUUGAAGCUGUGGACAGCACUCUGCAAUGCAUAUAUCGAUGCUCCAGUACCAAUCAGUGGAGUAACAUGGCUACCAUAUUGUCAAAGCUUCCACAGGUGCAAGGUUGCUUGAAUUUAGAGUGUUUCCGAGAUGAAGUCUAUCGGAAUAUUGAUGAACAUAGUGUGGAAGCCUUAGCUAACAUGGUACAAGCUCUUGUCAGUUUUUUGUUGAUGCCAUUGGUGGGUAAUGAGAUAACUAAUUUCACUGUCGAGAGGCCUGAAACAUAUCAGGGACUUAUUGGUCAGGUUGAGCACAAAUAUGAAAUGUGCAGAACGUAUAUAAAGCUCUUGACAGAUUCAGAUAUUUUUGAAAUAAUGGAGCGGUUCUUUAUCGUCAACAUACCCAACUCCUGGAAGUUUACUGGAUACCUCAGCCUGGCAAGAAUGUCUAAUCCUCCUAUAUUGCGGAAGUUUCAUGCCGCAAGAGAUCAGGAGAGAUUCUUAGGUUGUGGGUUUGGAGUGAUUUCAGAAGUAUUCUCUGAAGCAGAAUCGCUGUGCUCAUCCAGUUUGGAAGCUGAGAAAGAGAUGCAAGGUCUUCCCGCUUUAUAUGUAAGCAUAUUGGAACCAAUUCUACAGGGCCUAGCUAGUGAAGUCCCUGAAUUCCAGAAUUUGUGCAAUUUAUUGUCGUCUUUGAGUAAGCUGGAAGGUGAUAUGGAGAGCCAGAGAAGGGUCAGACGCGUGGUUUAGGAAAGAAUGGCCGAUUACUCAAAUGAUUUGCAGUUACCUGGCCAUGUUCGAGUUUAUGCUCUUGGACUUAUGCAGUCAAUCAUUGGUAGACCUAUUAAGAGCGCCUUUUCGGAGCAACAGUUAAAUGUUAUACCAUGGAAGGGAUGGGAUGAGUUGCAUGAUAUAGGUGAAAGGAGAGUAACUAGCCCAAGUCAAGGGGUUUCCGAAUAUCCUGAUACUUCUAAUGGGUUUACAAGCACUUUGGUUGCCCUUAGAUCAUCACAGAUAAUGGCACCCAUCUGCCCCAGCUUAGAGAUAACUCCGGAUGACCUCUUGGACAUUGGCACGGCAGUUUCUUGCUUCUCAAAAUUAUGCGGAGCAGCUGAUACGGACUCCUAUCUCAAAGCUCUAGUUGCUGUUUUGGCAGAGUGGGAAGGGCUUUUCGUGGUUGGAAAAGACGGCAAGAAUUCUGCAGAAGUGACUGAUGCAGGAGAUGACUGGGAGAAUGACGAUUGGAAUGAAGGCUGGGAAAGCUUUCAGGAAGUAGAGCCACUCAACACAGAAAA